CAGGAGCGGUUCCACUGGAAGGACCUACCCUGGCAGGCCAUCUCUAUAGGUGUAGGAAUCGGAACCUUGUUGUACAAGACCCGCAAGAGCGAAGAGUUGGAGCUUCGCAGGAACAACCUGGCGUAUGUCAACAGCCAACUUUCCCAGCUGUACGGUCCUCUGUACGGCAACAGGCUGGCCAAUCACAGGAGCUACAAGGAGGCUCUCCAGGGUCACGACAACCUGGUGAAAUUUCUCCGGGAAGCCGAGAGAAAAUGGCGGGACCCGGAGACAACGGAUGAAGGGGUACGCUUGUUGACGAGAUGGCGCAAGUUUCUGUUUUACGUCAUGCAUCCGCUGGAUCUGAAGGCUGAGGAAAUCAUACGUGACAACGCACAUCUGUUUGAACACGGAGUUGAGGAGGCCGACCUCUUUCGGAAGUUCGUCUUCCACGUCAACUACGAGAAGAUGAUCGUGGCCAACUGGCAGGAGAAGGGGGAGGUCCUCGGGAGCAAGGAAGUCUUCGAGGAGAGGGAUUUCUCCCGAGAAACCAACGCUGGGAAGUCUGACCUGGAGACUUUUGACAUGUUUGGUCAAGUCGUUAAACAUGUGAAGGAAACGUACGAAAAACUCGUGGAAAGGAAAAAGUCUCUGAUGCGAGAAAUAGAGGAAAGGGGCGGGCACUAAGUUGAAGAUCACUGCAUGAGAACUUGGUUUACAGGUGGCUUUAAAGUGGUGUGGGUUUGGUCCCCGUUGCAGCUUGUUCUGGAACUGCAGGGGACUUUCUGGUGAAUUCUUUUAAAGCCUAUAACGUUAAGUCCAGAUAGGC